CUAAUCAUCCUCAAUCCUCAUCGAUUCUGCGUCCAUUUUACCUACGCACAAUACCCAUUUCCACGAACCUUCUGCUUUCUGUAUAUAUAUACAUUCAUAAUCCCCACCAUUCAUCUCUCUCUUUCUCAUUUUCAUUUCAAUCCAAUCAUUCUUGCUUUCUGCGGCGGCCGCCGGCGUAUACGGAGUAAUUCUCACUUCUCAGACAAGACAGCCUCAAAAGCUCUGUUGCAUUUGAGCGUCUUUUAAAGAUUGGUCGUGUUCUGUUUUUGAAUAUUGGGUGGGAUAUACAAUACUGUUUUGGGAUAGCAACUAGGAAUACCGUCGGUUGUUGAAUAGAAGAGAUCAGAAAGAACAUCGGAGAAGAGGAACCAGGACUUGUUUCCCGUUUGUUUUUCUUGUCCCAGUUUUUGGUCUGCAACGCAAUAAUAGUAAUUAAUUAAGAGAGCUAAGUGGCAGAUGAAGAAGAUGACUCUUGAUAAAUGUGUGCCUAUUCCACCUCCCCUGCCUCCUUCUUAUCACCCGAAUCGUUCAAUGGCGAGUAGAUCAUCAAUGAGGGUAGACUGCUGCCUUUCCACUGCAGACCGCCUCUUCGAUGAAGCUUAUGGAGCUGAUGUAACCAUUAACACAAGCAAUGGCUGUGUCAUCUAUGCACAUUCUAGCAUUCUGGGUGUGGCUUCCCCAGUGAUCAAAGCAAUGUUAAGCAAAUCAACGAGGCGUGGGAGCAGACGACUAGCAAUACUAAUCCCGGGUGUUCCAGCUGAGGCUGUUCGAGUUUUCAUCAGAUACUUGUAUUCAUCAUGCUAUGAAGAAUCGAAAUUGAAGGAGCAUGCUUUGAGUCUGCUGGUGCUGUCACAUUCCUAUAUGGUUCCUCAGCUCAAGAGAGAAUGUGAGUGGGUGAUAGAGCAUGGAUUGAUAAAUACUGAAAACGCGGUGGAUAUUUUCCAGAUUGCUCUACUGUGUGACGCCCCCCGGCUUAGCCUCAUAACCCAUAGGUUUAUCAGGAAAAACUUGAAGCCUGUUUGUGCAACCGAAGGGUGGAAAGCAAUGAAGCAAAGCCAUCCUGCUCUUGAGAAACAGGUUUUGGAGUCUCUCACAUAUGAUAACAUUAUGGAAAAGGAAAGGCUAAGAAAGAUGGAUGAGAGGAAAACUUACAUGAAUCUGUAUGAAGCCAUGGAAGCUCUUGUCCAUAUAUGCAGAGAGGGGUGUCGAACCAUUGGCCCAUACGAUAAGGUCUUGAAGGCGGAUCAAGAGCCUUGCAGCUAUGAAGCCUGCAAGGGGCUAGAGAAGCUCAUUCGCCAUUUUGCGGGCUGCAAAACACGAGCCCCGGGUGGGUGCCUGCGCUGCAAGAGAAUGUGGCAAAUCUUCGAGCUGCAUUCGCGGCUCUGUGCUGAUCCAGAGAGUUGCAGAGUUCCACUCUGCAAGAAUUUUCAGCUCAAGAGGAGACAGGACAAGAAAGACGAUAUUACAUGGCGAAUACUAGUGAGAAAGAUAGUAAGGUCCAAGAGCAUUUCUGGAGCUCCAUUUUUCUCAUUGGAAUCAACUUGAAACCUUCAUUGUAUAAAAGCUCCUUCCUGUAUUAAUGUAUUAUUAUCAUUCUUUUUACACGAAAUCGCAUAGACAACCAUAAAGAAGUUGAGAAUUGAA